UUGGUUUUGUUUGUUUGUUUGUUUGUUUUUUUUUUUUUCUGUCUCUCUUUCAUGCAAUGUGCCAUAAAGAAUAAUUUGAAUUUUCAAUACUUUUCACUCUCUUUAUCUUUCUAUAUCUAUAUAUUCAUAUUCGUAUUUCAUAGUAUUUCAUAGUAUUUCUUUGAUGUGUUCAAUUUGAGUCGGUUCAUUGACGUCGUCUUCGUCGUCGUUGUCCGUUUCUGCUUUGAAUCUGCAAUUCACGUGAACUCCAAGUGAUUGUCGUUGCUCGUUUUGGUUUCGCUUUCGAAUGUUGUUUUGGAAUCGGAAUCAAGGGUGUCGUCAUCGUCCUCUUUCUUCUCUUCUUUUGUUUUUUUUUUUUUUCUAAAAAACUUUGUAUAUGUUGAUUUGACCUCUUCUUUGAUCGGCCAUGGAAGACACGGAGAGUUGUAGUAGCAGAGCUUCGGAGUCGGUGCCGAUUCGGAAGCGGAGGCAGAAAGUUGAGGUUUAUCACGAGAUUGUUCGGAGACUCAGAGAUUCGGACAACGAAGAGGCUAGUCAGCCUGGUUUCGAGGACGAGCUUUGGGCUCACUUCAAUCGACUUCCGAUUAGGUAUGCAACUGAUGUGAACGUAGAGAGGCCAGAAGAUGUUCUUAUGCACAAGAGAUUGUUGCAUCUGGCAUAUGACCCUACUACUAGACCUGCGUUUGAAGUCCGACUUGGGCAGGUUCAUGCUGUCUCUGAUGCAACCUCCAGUGAUUCUGUUCAUUCAAACUUCAUAAGAAAAGUGGAUGCGCAAAUUUCUGAUUCUCCUGGCAGGCACAGCUUUCAUCCACCAUUUGCCUUUGGCUUGUCACCAAAUCUUGAACUUGCAUUUGAAGCAAACAAAUCAAAUGGUCAAGUUGGAGAUGAUGGUAAUCUGCAUUUUUUCCGGCAUCUAUAUGAAAUUACAAUUUCGACAAUUGACAAGCCAAAACUUCUGAGUCAGAAACAAACCUUGAAGGGAAGAAAAAGAAGUCGAAGACAGAAAAGGAGGAUUCGAAGCAGAGAAGAGUCGAAGAAGAAGAAGAAGAUGAAGGCAGAGAAUGAAGAUUCGAAGAAAAAGAAGAGCAGCGAAGAAGAAGACAGAAAAGGAGCAUACCUGUUGACUUCCUUACUUUCUGAGAUUGGGCUGAAUAUCCAAGAAGCACAUGCUUUUUCUACUACAGAUGGUUACUCCCUGGAUGUUUUUAUUGUUUAUGGCUGGGCAUACGAGGGAACAGAGCAGCUUACAAACGUUUUGGUGAAGGAAAUUCCAAAGAUUGAGAAGCUAUCUAGGUUGAAACAUCAUCUCAUAUCUCCUAUGGGGGAGUUACAGCAAACUGGGAUCGAGCUAAAUCCUGACCACGUGAACAUACCUACUGAUGGCAUUGAUGUAUGGGAAAUUGAUCCCAUGCUGUUGAAAUUUGACCAAAAAAUUGCUACUGGAUUAUAUGGAGAUUUGUAUAAAGGUACUUUCAAUAGUCAGGAUGUGGCCAUCAAAGUUCUCAGGGCUGAAUAUCUAAAUGAUGUGCAGAAGGAGUUUGCUCAGGAAGUUUACAUACUGAGAAGAGUUCGGCACAAGAAUGUUGUGCAAUUUAUUGGUGCAUGUACAAGACCUCCAAGCCUAUGCAUUGUGACUGAAUUCAUGUCCGGUGGGAGUGUGUAUGACUUUAUGCAUAAGCGCAAAGGCAUUUUCAAAUUACCAGCCUUGCUGAAAGUAGCAAUUGAUGUUUCAAAGGGGAUGAACUACUUGCACCAGAAUAAUAUAAUCCACAGAGACCUCAAGGCUGCCAAUCUUUUAAUGGAUGAAAGUGAAGUUGUUAAAGUAGCUGAUUUUGGUGUUGCCAGGGUGGAAACACCAUCCGGAGUGAUGACUGCAGAAACUGGAACAUAUCGUUGGAUGGCUCCAGAGGUUAUUGAACACAAACCAUAUGAUCGCAAGGCUGAUGUUUUUAGCUUCGGAGUUGUAUUAUGGGAGCUGCUAACAGGAAAGCUUCCUUAUGAACAUUUGUCCCCAUUACAAGCAGCAGUUGGCGUAGUUCAAAAAGGUCUAAGGCCUGUGAUACCAGAUCACACAUAUCCAAAGAUGGUGGAAUUGCUUGAAAGAUGUUGGCAGCGAGACCCAACUUUGAGGCCAGAAUUUUCUGAAAUAAUAGAGAUCUUGCAACAAAUGGCAGAGAAGGUUGCAGAAGAAGAGGACUGCAUCUAAGAGAAAUUUCUAAAUACUCACGGAUAGAUAGCCAAUGAAGAGGUAAGAGAGCGAGGAUGGUGGGUAAUGUUUACAUUAAUGUCAAUUAAUUUUGUAUUUUCAUUUGUUUUCUUAGACCAUAUCCCUUGGGGGGACCUAAUCUGUACACAUUGGAAAAGACAACUUUAGUCCCUAUCACAAUUGUAUAUGGCAACUGUUUGUCUUUUGUAAUUUAGGUUGGCUAGCUGUUGGUGAGGGACAGAACUGCAGGGAUUGAUAAUGAUGUAUAUAACCUUGCUGCAGACAGACUCCUACUAAAUUACUAAAUUUUUUACUGUGGAAUA